AUGGACGGCACGACAAGCCCCCGAUGGGGAAGCGGGCACAGGCCCGGAUCAAGUUCGUGGGCAGACAUGCUGGGCGCCCCAAAGCCCGCCACGAUUCCGCGCGCCUGGUGCCGCGUCCCUGUCGCCGCCGGCCCUGCGGCUCUUCGCAAGGGCGCCACCAUCAUGAAGCGGGUCGGCCGGUCCGCUGAUAUGCGCGUGGUGAGGCAGCAGCAGGCGAUGGCAGCCCAGGUCGCUGCGCAGACCGAGGUCGUCCCAGAGCUCGACCAGACAGAGCCGGCGAGCCGUCGUCGCCUCAACUCGUUUGUGCCGCCGGCAGAGGACGCCGUGUUGGAGCUGAGCGGAGAGCCUCUCUCGAGAGCAGAGAUGGCCAGCACUAUCAUGCGCGCCAAGGUGGACGUCGCAAACUGCUUCCUGCACGAGGAGUACACCGACCUGUCAGACCAGAGAAGCCUCUCCAAGAAGAGCACAUAUUCCAGAAAGGUCGUCCCUUUGAAGCGACGUUUCGUCGAUUAUUCUUCACUCAAGUUCGAGUACGCCAGCGGUGGAAAUGGCGGCACUAUCUACAGCGAGCUUCAUCCCAUCCUCUCCAAGGCUGUCCAGACCGGCGUCAAGGAAAUCGACGUCAACAUGGCAUCCAUCACAGAGGCUGGAGUCCACCUGCGAUCAAUUCGCCGCCGCAACCCCCGAGUCCUCCUCGCUGCCAGCGGCAUCCCCGAACUAUCAGACAUUGCCGACGCUACCGAGUCGAGCAUCCUCACUCUGGAACCCAACGAAUCCAUGUCAGACGCCAAGUCGCCCACGAAGCGCGCUUCUACUCAGUCUCCCAGCCCUACCAAGAGCAACAAGAGCUUCCGCAAGAGGCUCAGCGACACGAUUGUUCGGCUGCUGCCCGGUUCUGCCUCACGUGCCGAGCCCUCUCCCUCUCCCAUCAAGCCGGCUUCUCCCCCGCCACCCAGCAGGGACGGUUCGCCCCGCCAAAGGACACCCUCGAUUACGAUUCCAAAGAGCCCCAGUGCCCGCAAAUCGUCUUCCCCCGUGUCGGCAAACUCUACUCCUGGAAUCAUCCGCUGGACCACCAAGUCACCCAAGGAGUCACCCUUCUCUCGCUGGCGACCCAAGCGCAAGUCAGAGCCAACGCCUGCUCUCGCGCCACUGUCUUCUCCUUCUCGCGAAGAGCCCGACCCGUCCUUCUCCGAUAUUUCGAUGGUCGACAGCUCCAUCAUGGCAGGAUCUCCCCUCCUCUACUCUCGCCCCAGGGCCCCUACUCCUUCUAAGUGGAGCGGUUUGAGGCCUUCGACUCCUGGCCGAGCGUCCUCUCCUGCCGCCUUUACUACGCCUCUUGAUGAAAGAGCCUCUUUAGACUUGGUCAGGUCGCUGCCCGAGUGGAUGCAGCAUAGCCAGUCAUCGUCCACUGUCAGACCAUACGACCCUGCGCACAUUGAUUUCCAACCCGCCUCUCCCUCCUUUAGCGGUUCUGUGCCGUGGGUUAACAACCCGGCCGACGCACCUGAGAGUGAGCGCACCAGUAUUGUCAGGCGGCGCAAGAGUGAGCCACUGUUUAGGAACAUGCUCAAGUCACAGAACGCGCGCCGAAUCUCAUUCUCACCUCAAAAGUCUUUCAUAGCUCAAGAGUCGAGUGGAAUCCUGCCCACCAUCGAAGAGCCCGCCUCCCCCAGUCGAGACAUCCGCUCCCCGUCGCCCGAGCAUUCUCAAGCUUCUGUAUACUUCAGUGCCUCUUCUGCUCAGACCAACCCUCUCCAUAACGCCGCGUCUGAAUGCACCGACCCUGAACAAGCCGAAGACAUGGAUCUCAGCGACCUCUCCCGUCAGUACACGAGGAGGAUGCAGGAGACUUGCACGCGGCUGGCUGCUCCCCAAGGUGAGGAUAACGUCUUCGUCGAGGAUAUGCACCGCCCUGAAAGCAUCUUUGGCGCUCCGGCUAUCGUGACUCCUGCUGGCGCAAUCAAGCAGCUUUCCAGCCUGGCACAGAACGCAUGCCACGGCAACGCCGGCGUCAAGGUUGUCGAGUCUGAUGGGCGCCUCUGGGUUCGGUUUAAGCUGCCGCCCAGCUACGCCCACCUGUUUCCCAAGAACCAAUUGGACGAGUCGUCGCCAUCUGAAAUGGCACCGUCGGCACCCGAUGCCACUGCUUACCGCUUCGUCAAGAAAUACCCGCACGAUGAGGAACCUGGUGUCCAAGCCAAUGACGAGACGCUUGUUGUUUCCGACUUCAGCGUGUCCUCUGCUCAGCCAGCCUCGUCGCCGCCCGUUCCUGACAACGACGAAAACGUGGAUCCUCGUGCCCGAGCCAACGACGAGACUCUUAUUGUUUCCGACUUCGACACUUCUUCCGCCAGGCCGGCCGAGUCAUCUCCCUCAAAGAACGAAGAAGGCAGCCCUACCACUCCCGGCUACACGGAGGCGUCUCCGGCAAAGGCCUCCCAGUCUGUCCAUGGUUGGGACAGUUCCUCCUCUCUCUCCGAGCUGGAGCGAACGCCCGACCUGGACAAGGCCGCCGAGUCAAGGAUCGCCAGCAUGGUCGCUGCCGUCCACUCCACCGCCGCACCCACUCUCAGUUCCUCUUUCACCCCGGUGAACCAGACCAGUGCUCACACGGGCUCGUCGGGCAGCGCGAACCGUGGCACAGAGUCCGAGGCCAAUGUCCGCAAUCACGACUCUCCGGAGCGUGAUUACCUGCGCGACUUCAUCAGACGUUCGCGACCCCGGUCGCGACGUCCCUCAUCAACUGAGAGCGGCUCCCCCGUCGCCCCGGCGCAGCGCCUUCCUCUUGGAGCUAGGAGCCCUAACAUGGAGCCUCAGCAAAAAGAGAAGCGCAAGCUCGACAGCAGCGAAGGAGAUGAGAACGAGUUUCAGAGCAGUGCUGAGCCUCCCACCAAGAGGGUUCGCACUGCUCCUCGAUCCUCUCCGCGAAAGUCGACUGUUCCCGCCAACAGCCAGUCCGACGACGAGGACCCCCUCGCGAAGGAUCAGGCCGCGGCACAAGCGAAGACGGUCGAGAACGUGGACGCGCUGGCAAACGCUGUCGAGCCUCAAGAGGUUCCAGCCGCUGCCGCCGCUGCAUCUCGCCGGUCGACCCGCUUGAGGAACAGGCCGAGCGCGAUCCCCAAAUCCUCGAUCCCGGCCCCGGUCAAGGUGGGCCGCGGACGUCCCCCUACAGGCGCAACGCCGGGCUCGGUGCGCACCGAGCAGCAGGACUUGGUCCACCAAACCCGGGCCAACACUCGCCGCAACAAGGGGAACGCGGAGUACCCGGCCCAGUUCCUGGCCAGGCUCUCCGAAGAGGACGAGGGCGGGGACGGAGAGCUGGUGGCUGGCCAGCAGGACGAAGCCGAGGCCUCGACAGCACGGCGCGGUAAGAGCGUCGUCUGGAAGGAGCCUCUGGCGGACUUCCAGGAGGAGGAGAAGCCCAAGAGGGGGCGGGGAGCGGCGGCUGCGGCGAAAGCCCAGCCGGCCAGCAGCCGGGUGUCAAAGCCCGCGCCCAAACCCUCGGCGGCGACUCAGAGGCAGCGGUCGUCGAGACUGGCUGCGGGCCUAGGCAUGGUCGGGAACGGGACGCCGGCCCCGAAGCGCGCCACGCGCGCGUCGACACGGAGUCAGAAGUGA